CUACAUUGUUGCCAUUAACUUGGACAUUUUAUACUAUCUACUUCACAUAGAGAAUACACAUCUGUAAUUUGGGCAGGACAAGAUGGCGAGCUGCAAUUUUCAGGCGCAGUUGGUAUCCGUUAUGGAAGUAUUAGCUAAAGCAGCUGUAGCAGAAAUAAACAAACGCGUAGAUGAUAGCUGUGCUGUUAUACGUUUGGAAAUGACCCAAAGCCAGCGAGAUAUUGAUGUACUGAAACGGAAGUGGCAAAUGAUGGAGAGCGAGCUGGAGAAGACGCGCAGACGAAAAGGUUUUUACUCUAUGGCAUCAGAGAGAUCUUCAUAUCCAGUCAAGAUUAUUUUGAAUAAGCAGAGGAGUAGCUCACAGUGCAGAGACGAAGAGCUGGCAGUUGAAGAGGAUUCUCAACCCCAGCCUUCAGAUGUGGAGCAGAGAGUGGAGACUGAACCCAUACUGAUCAAAGAUGAGGAGACAGCAGAGGACGUGUGGAAGACUGACCCUCAGGAAGAGCUCAGGAUCACUGGAGAGGAAUCUGGUUCCAAGCCUGGGAAAUCACCAUCCUUUGAGCAACGGCACUGUGAUGAGGACUUCAUCACACAACCCAAUAUAUCUCACAAAGACUCAGUGGAACAUUACCCCAGUUCUGAUCGUCCAGAGGAACCAGGAACACCCCGGCUCGCAUCUACAGAGGUGUUCAGCGCAGAGCAACACCGGCCAGACGAGGACUCACUAGAUCUAGUGAUGGUGAAAGAUGAGAAAGAGGAGUUAGAUCAGACCACGGCCCUGGCAGGACCUGACCAGUUUGUCAUGGAUGAGUCUGAUGGGCAGCUAUGGGCCUCUGUGGGUCCAGGCAGAGACACUGACCCUGAUGGCCACCCAGAUUUCUCCUUUCAUUCCGCAGAAGAGUACUCUCAGAAUAUCUCAAUGUUCCCAUCUCAUAGUGGUCUUCCAUCUGUUCCUACUAUGACAGAUGAAGUAGGGCCAUCGCUUCACUCUUCUAUAUGGAAACCACAUGCUAACAUGUUCAGUGCAGCAAAACACAUGACAAGACAUGUCAGGACAUUGGCUGAUGAGACUAGUCAACAGAUGCCAGAGGGACAGAGUAGCGAGACGCUGAACUCAAAUAAUGAAGGAAAUAGUUUAGCUCUACAGCCAAGGCAGCAUCAAUACAGGGCUUCAGAAGCAACAGUGAGAUUGAGUGAGUGCAUGACAGGGUCAAACAUGGCCACCACUUCCACCUUCUCUGGAUACAGCCUGAGUCGCAGUAGUUUUAACAUGGUGAAGAGAAUGAGGACUCAGUGGAAGUCGGGCGGCACCACCGAGAGGCGUUUCAGCUGCACCUUCUGUGGGAAGAGCUUCCAGCGUCUCUGCCAGCUCAAAGUACACCUCCGGAGUCACACCGGAGAGAAACCGUACACCUGCGAACAGUGUGGCAGGAGUUUUACCAAGCAGUGCAACUUGAUCAGACAUGCUGUGGUCCACAGCGGGGAGAAGCCCUUCGAGUGCACACAGUGUGGGAAAUGCUUCACCCAGCGUUCCAAUAUGACAUCACAUCAGAGAACUCACAUAGGAGAGAGUGCAGUGUCUCCAUACGUGGCACCUGCAUACCCUGGGGAUCCACACACAAGUUUAAUGUAGUCUCAGAACAGAUGGAACAUAAUUGCAUUAUGCUUCGGAAACACUUUCUAUGUAAAUUUAGGUCCAGAAGGUAUUUUGAGAAAGGUUGACAACCUUUUCCUCCUCAUUGAUUUGUGAAAUCGUUUUCAUGUUUGACUGUUCACGGAUCCUCACUUUUUUUAAUAACCUAUUUAUUUACAUCUAGUAACAUUUUAUAUUUCUACCACAAAAUCAUAAAAACAUAUUAUAUUCAAUAAAAUGUAUUUAAGGAAAGAGUCAAUCUGUGUGAUUUAGAUGAAUAAUAUGUAGGAUCCAUUUAGUCUGUAUUGUCUAGGUAGUGUCUGACUAUCUGGGAUGUCACGUCUUGCCACAAGGGACAGUCUCACAUCAGGUCAGGUUAAUAACUCAAUUCCACUUGAUUUUCAGAGUUCGAUUUCCAAGUUAUUCUGCUGCCCCAAAAUGUUAAGUUACUGUAUGUCUUCUCAA